UGUGAAGCUAAUCUACGGCGGAUAAUUGAGAGAUUUUGUAUUAAACGCUGUGAUUAAUGGAAGUAAAUUUGAGGCUUUGGAGGCUUAUAAAAGGGGGGCAUCUCGUGGAUUUGUAGGCGGAGAGACAGUGAGCAUUUUCAGAAAGCUUAAAAAAAAAAGAAAAAAUUGUGUGAGAAAAAUCUCAGUUCGAAGUUUGAACUUUCUCCUUCUUCUUCUUCUUCCCCCCCUUCUGCAAUUUCCCCGCUUCUCUGAAUCCCUUUCUGUUAAUAAUCUGUCUUUCAGGUUCUGGUUUUUGGGUUUGUUUUUUUUUAUAAUGAACAAUUACCAAACUUAGGAUUGUGCGAAAGCCAGGUAUUUUCAGAAUCGAGAUCCAGGAAUUGUGUUUUCUUUUCCAUUUCAUUUAUUUCUUCUUUCUUGUGAUCAAUCUGUGUAGAGGGUGAAUUUUAGUCCCUCCUCAAGGUUGGUUUUCUUUUGGAGUUGAAGGGGUUGUCUAUUUUAUAGACCUCUUUGACAUAUUUGUAGUGGUAGCAGCUCUUUUCAUGAUUAUUGCCUGUUCUGUCUUAUUUUAAACAAGAAUCAGGUUCAUCUGUAAGGAAACACUUUUUUUCUUCUUGUUUUUGUUGUUUUAGAUUCAUUUUGUUUUUGUAAACUAUUGAAGUAAUGGCAGCUGCCAUGGAUUUCUACAACGAAGGUCCUCAAACAGAGCACUUCGGUGGCGAAUUAAUGGAAGCAAUCGAACCUUUUAUUAAGGUUGCUUCCUCUUCUUCUUCCUCUCUCUCUACAAAUUUCCCAUCCUCUUCUUCUCCUUCUCUCCCUUCUUCUUCCUUCAACAGCUACCUCUCUUUCUCUCACUCAGAACAGUCCAUUGUGUACUCAAAUGGCGGCUCCACUUCGAUGAACCCAGUAUUUUCAGAUGGGUUCUCGAACCAAAACCUCAUAGGUUUUGAACAGCCGUCGUUCACAGUUGGACCCCAUCAGUUAUCAUCACCUCAGAUUCCCCAUUCCCAGCCUCAUAUCAAUCUUCUUCAAGAACAGGCCCCACUGGCUUUUGGUUGGGGCCAAAACCAUGAGCCCCAUCAACCACUGCCGUGCUAUGAACAGAGAGUUGCCAGUUUCCUCAGCCCCAAGCCGAUCCCAAUGAAGCAAGUGGGUUCCUCUGCAAAAUCCACCAAGCUUUACAGAGGGGUCAGGCAGCGGCAUUGGGGGAAAUGGGUGGCGGAGAUUCGACUCCCGAGGAACCGGACUCGGCUCUGGCUCGGCACCUUCGACACGGCUGAAGAAGCUGCCUUGGCAUAUGACAGGGCAGCCUUCAAGCUCCGAGGGGACUCUGCCAGGCUCAAUUUCCCGCACCUGAAGCACCAAGGCUCCUGCGUUGAAGGCGAAUUCGGCGAGUACAGGCCGCUGCAUUCCUCAGUUGAUGCAAAACUCCAAGCCAUUUGUGAAAACUUGUCCAAGCCACAGAAGAAACAGGGCAACUCAAAGAAGUCUGUUUCUGCGGCUAAGAAGUCCAGGUCUCAAUCCUGCUCCUCGGCGGCGGAAACAGUGGCUGCGAAGGUGGAGAACUCCCCGUCGCUGGCUGUGACAGAGAGCGAUGGGUCUGCAGCAUCUUCACCUUUAUCAGAUCUUACGUUCCCUGAGUUCACAGAGUUGCAAUGGGAUCAGAAUCAAGCUUGGGACAAUUCAAUGCUAGAGAAAUAUCCUUCUGAGAUAGAUUGGGCGUCGCUCUUACCUUGAUAAUUUGAUCGGAAUCUUCAGCGGCACCUGCAACAGAGUUUUUAAAAGGUUGCAGGCCGAGACUAUUCUAUUCAAGGCUCAAAUUCUUUAGAAAUGGGCAUUUUGUCAAUAUCAUGUAAAUGUCCACCAUGGUCAGCUGGUUUUUUUUCUUGCUAGACCAUGGAAUGAUUUAAUUUUGGUGGUUUUUUCUUUUCUUUAGUCAGUCAGUGGUAGCCAUUGUAAUCAUUUUUUCAUUGGUAUGUUACUAUUCAAUAUUUUGUGGUUAAACAAGAUUAUUAACUUCGUUGA